AUGCGGGGGCCCUGGGUGCUGCUGCUGCUGUUGGCUCUGAGGCUACAGCUCUCUUUGGGUGUCAUCCCAGUUGAGGAGGAGAACCCGGACUUCUGGAACUACCAAGCAGCCGAGGCCCUGGGUGCCGCCAAAAAGCUGCAGACUGCACAGACAGCCGCCAAGAACCUCAUCAUCUUCCUGGGUGACGGGAUGGGGGUGUCUACGGUGACAGCUGCCAGGAUCCUAAAGAGGCAGAAGAAGGGCAAACUGGGGCCUGAGAACCCCCUGGCCAUGGACCACUUCCCAUAUGUGGCUCUGUCCAAGACAUACAGUGUAGACAAGCAUGUGCCAGACAGUGCAGCCACAGCCACGGCCUACCUGUGCGGGGUCAAGGGCAACUUCCAGACCAUUGGCUUGAGUGCAGCUGCCCGCUAUAACCAGUGCAACACGACACGCGGCAACGAGGUGGUCUCCGUGAUGAAUCGGGCCAAGAAAGCAGGUGAGCUGGGGCCCACUGCGGGAUCAGGGCCAGGUCACAGACCUCUGUCACCCUUAAGGAAGUCAGUGGGAGUAGUGACCACCACACGGGUGCAGCACGCCUCACCAGCCGUAACCUACGCCCACACGGUGAACCGCAACUGGUACUCGGACACCAAUGUGCUUGCCUCGGCCCGCCGGGAGGGCUGCAAGGACAUCGCCACACAGCUCAUCUCCAACAUGGACAUUGACGUGAUCCUGGGUGGAGGCCAAAAGUACAUGUUUCCCAUGGGGACCCCAGACCCUGAGUACCCUCAUGACUACAGCCAGGAUGGGACCAGGAUGGAUGGGAAGAACCUGGUGCAGGAAUGGCUGGCGAAGCAGCAGGGUGCCCGGUAAGUGUGGAACCGCACUGAGCUCAUGCAGGCUUCCCUGGACCCAUCCGUGACCCACCUCAUGGGUCUCUUUGAGCCUGGAGACAUGAAAUACGAGAUCCACCGAGACCCCACACUGGACCCCUCCCUGAUGGAGAUGACAGAGGCUGCCCUGCGCCUGCUAAGCAGGAACCCCCGCGGCUUCUUCCUCUUUGUGGAGGGGGGUCGCAUCGACCAUGGUCAUCACGAAAGCAGGGCCUACCGGGCACUGACUGAGGCGGUCAUGUUCGACGACGCCAUUGAGAGGGCGGGCCAGCUCACCAGCGAGGAGGACACGCUGACCCUCGUCACCGCUGACCACUCCCAGGUCUUCUCCUUUGGUGCCUACCCCCUGCGAGGGAGCUCUAUCUUCGGGCUGGCACCCGGCAAGGCCCAGGACAGGAAGGCCUACACGGCCCUCCUAUAUGGCAACGGUCCGGGCUAUGUGCUCAAGGACGGCGCCCGGCCAGAUGUUACCGAGAGCGAGAGCGGGAGCCCCGAGUACCGGCAGCAGGCAGCGGUGCCCCUGGACGAAGAGACACACGCAGGCGAGGACGUGGCGGUGUUCGCGCGCGGCCCGCAGGCGCACCUGGUUCAUGGCGUGCAGGAGCAGAGCUUCGUAGCGCACGUCAUGGCCUUUGCCGCCUGCCUGGAGCCCUACACGGCGUGAGACCUGGCGCCCCCCGCCGGCACCACCGACACCGCACACCCGGAGCGGUCCGUGGUCCCCGCGUUGCUUCCUCUGCUGGCCGGGACCUUGCUGCUGGGGACGGCCACUGCUCCCUGAGUGCUCUGUCCCUAGGGCUCCUACUUCCCCAUCCUGGUGUUCUCCUGCUCCUCACCUCCAGUCGUCCUGCCCAGCCUCCACCUGGAGCUGUCACCCCCGGAGUCACCACACAGAUGUCCUGCCAUGGAACCUUCCCCUCCCAGUGCACCCUGGGGACUGAGCCGUUGACACCAUGCCCUUUGCUGUAUCUUGCUCUUCAAAUUUUGGCCCCAACUCCAGGGACUGGGGAUUUGUGCCUGGCAGCUGCCUGCAUUUCAGGAAAAGAGAAGGCUUAGACCACCCAGCCCCAGCCCAUAUCCUGAGGUGGAUCAGGCAGGCUCUCUCCCUGGGACAUGAGGCACCCAGACCUAGGGCCCCCUGCGCCUUUCUUAGCUUCUGUCAUGGCAGCACCUGAGGGACACAAGGAUUGGGUGCAUCAGGAUGCCUGGAGAAGCGUGGCUUCCUGCCACCCUGCAACCCACCCUGCAGGCCAAGGAGGCUGCUGUGGUGGGGAUCCCCAGGGGGGCUUUGACACAGUCCUCUGCUGUCCCUCCACUGGGCUAAUGCUACACCCCUGCACCCCUCCUAGGGUGCAGAGAGGCUUGCCCCAAGUCACAGCCACUCAGAUGCUCGAAGCCCUCCAAGGUCCAUUCCAGCACCCAACUGAGUUCCCAGGAGCACCUGGGUGCAGGAUAGCAGCCCAGAGUCCAUGGCCCCUCCCAGGCCAUCUGGGCACUGGGCAUGGAUUUCUCAACAAGGAAGACUAUUACCUCCCUUCCCCAGGCCUCCAUUCUUCUAGGAAACACAAAGCAAUAAUAUAAGGAAGUGUUAGACAGUGUAAUGCCAGUACUGCUUCCUAGGAGAAAAAUCGUGAGUGCCUGUGGGCACAGUGGCUGGAGGGGUGGAUAAUGCAGGCCGGGAGGGGCUGCUGAGGAGCAGACGAUUGAGCAGGAGACCUGAACAGAGAGGGGCUUGAGCAAGGCGGCACAGCAGUGCAAAGGCCCUGGGGCAGCGCCAGCAGGCUGUCUGGGAGGCCAGGGGCUGGAUCAGAGGAUGGGUAGA